UGUGGUUACAGUAACUGUUAUCACAGAGAAAGUGAAUGCUGAGGAAUGCAGCCAGUGGCAGAAUAAUAGGUCAGCCAAGUCACAGGGCAGACAGACAGCAGAGCACUGGGUUUGUGUGCAGGUGGUGGGUGAGUGUAAAGCAGCAGGCAAGAACAAGGACAGAUAAAUAAGAUGUGCAAUCAUGAUCUCUGGAGGCAGACUGAUACCAAGCACGGCUGUGUUAGGAAUUAUCAAUGCAGUGGAAGUCCUGCUCUGUUCUUGCACAGGAGGGGAGGGUGAAAAGGGGAGGGAAUUCAUGGUUAGCCUGCAGUGAAAAACUGCCCAUAAAGCACCGAGAGCCUUUUGUCAAUAUACUACAGAGGCUUUACUGCAGCAACCAGGUGUUCCUGUCGCACACAAAACCCAAAGAUGAGCGGGAGCUUUUCUGAAAGACACACUUAUUGUUAGAAGAAAAAGAGGGAUAGUAAGAUAACAGAGAAAUCUGGAUGACCUGCAUAGCUGCAAGAAAUCUGGGAGAGAUGACAUGAAUUCUGUAACUUCAUCAGCACUCUCAGCAGAACGUUAAUUCUAAGGCAAUAAUUGUCAUUUUCUGAUUCAUUAGUCCAAAACCCAUAUUUUUGUAUAAACGACCAGAAGCCUGUCGAUUCUCAGAAUCCAAUGACCUUGACAUUUACCGUUUUCUGUUUCACAACCUUCUCCUCCGAGCCCCUCAACCUGUGCCUGGUGCUUAUAACCUGAUGCUGCAAUCCCGGAGAACUCAGUGAGUUUCCCCGUUUGCCUGCCCGAGGCUGUCUCGGAUACACAGUGCCCAGCCCAGAGAGGAGCAGCCUUGAGAAGAGCAGUGGGUCUGGUGCUUGAAAAGGAAUGGAAAAGCGAACUCCAGGGUGAGGGAGAUCGGAAGCAGCAGCGUCCCCUCUCCCUCCAGCGGCCGGGGAUGCUGCGCUCCCCCCGGGGUACAUUCCCCAGCGCCGUUUGAGGCUGCUCAGCUCCAUAAACGCCAUUUGCAUGGGGAUAGGAUGUGACAAGAGCUGUAAAUCACUGACGGUGGAGUCAACUCCUCAGGGGCAGACUCGGCGGAGCCGAGCCUCCGCGAGCUGGGGCAAUGUGUGAACGAUAUCUUUUGUUGGGGGGGAGGACUGAUAGCAAUUAGAUGAUACUGAUCUGGCCCUUUGAUGUGUAUUUACACAAACAACGCUUUCCUCCGGGAGUUGCACUAUAAAGGAGAGGCCCGUGCUCCCCGCCACCCUCCUUCCCGGCACCUCCGAAGCAAGGCAGGAUGACUAAGGCCCCUUUCUCCGUGGAAUGGUUGUCCCAGAGCAGCCAAGCUCUCAAGAGCCCCACCGAGGGCUCUCCGCACCGAGCAUCGUCCGCGGGCCGCCAGCCCGGCUCCGACUCCGACUCCAGCUCCAGCUCCAGCGUCGGCCGGAGCGAGCGGAGCCAGGAUCAGCCGGCGGGCCCGCGGGACGGGAGAGGAGGCAGGAGCAAGGAAAGCGUGGGGAUCACUCCCACAGCAGGUACCGCGACCACCGGGACAGCCUGGGGCUCGGGCGGAGGGCGGCGGGGCUGGGACACCCUCGGGCCGGGAAAGGCAGAUGCUCGGGCGCGGAGGAGGCGGGCGGCUCCCCACGCGGUGGCCGGGCCUGGCUGACCCUCUCCUUGUCGCUGUCCCCAGCAGCGGGCGGCAGGCCGUCGGGAGCGGGGCAGCCCGCGGCGGAGGAGGGCCCCGAGUGCGCCGAGGAGCCCCGCGGGGGGCGGCGGCUGCGCACGGCGUUCAGCGCGGAGCAGAUCAGCACCCUGGAGAGCUCCUUCCAGCGGCAGCAGUACCUGGGCGCGGCCGAGCGCCGGCAGCUGGCGGGCAGGAUGCGCCUGUCCGAGGUGCAGAUCAAGACCUGGUUUCAGAACCGGCGGAUGAAGCUCAAGCGGCAGCUGCAGGAGUUGAGGACGGAGCCCUUCUGCAGCCCCGCUCUCCCUUACGGACCCCAGGGCGCUGUGGUGCCCCUGCCCCUCACGUACGUGGCCCGGCCGCCACCUCUGCCCCGGCAAGGGGCUGCCUCUGAGGGCUGCGCUUUGGCGGCCCUGCCGGCACCCGCCCUGGACCUCAGCAGCGCCUGCAGAGCGCAGCCGCUUGGCUUUUGGGCAGCACCCUGCUUUGUAGGGUACCGCGACCCCAGAGCUUUCCUGCUGGGUGUCUGACCCUCUGACACGAACUGUGACUAAAGAGGAUUUGCACUACUGAUAGAUAUCUGGGCUGCCCUCGUCUGUUACUGCCUGGUGGAGUUAAGACGCAGCAGCGAUCUGAACAUUUGCAAAGACAUGCUGGACAAUUUGAAUCGUGGACUUCGGGCCCUUGCAUUUAUAGGCAACUGUAAAAUAUAAAUGGGGUGGGACAAACAAUAAUAUAACUGAAUUGUUUAAUAAACCUAUUUUUUCCA